AUUCUCUUUCUAGACGGAUGGCGUCAGUCAGAAGGAAAUGAGGAAAUGGAGCGCGUGAACGAAUCGAGGGCAAGCGUACGGUUUCCUUUCUGAUCCUUGCAAGGAAGAUGGCGGACCCGGAGCAGAAGAAGAAGCGGACCUUCAGGAAGUUCACCUACAGAGGUGUGGACCUGGACCAGCUGCUCGAUAUGUCUUAUGAGCAGCUCAUGCAACUAUAUUGUGCCCGUCAACGCCGACGGAUGAACCGCGGCCUGCGUCGCAAGCAGCAGUCGCUCUUGAAGCGCCUGCGCAAGGCCAAGAAGGAGGCUCCUCCCAUGGAGAAGCCCGAGGUUGUGAAGACUCAUCUGAGAGACAUGGUCAUCCUGCCUGAGAUGGUGGGCUCCAUGGUCGGCGUGUACAACGGCAAGACCUUCAACCAGGUGGAAAUUAAGCCCGAAAUGAUUGGACACUACCUCGGAGAGUUCUCCAUCACCUACAAACCUGUCAAACAUGGACGUCCUGGUAUUGGAGCAACACACUCUUCCCGCUUCAUCCCUCUCAAGUAGAGAUGUUUUGGCUUCUUGGUGUAAAUAAAAUUAAUUGAAACUUA